UAGGCAACCGCAGCAGGUCUUGUAUACACACCAGGCCCUGGAUUAGUACAAGUGCUGCCGAAGCUACCACCACCGGGCCCUGGAUUAGAUGGAGUGUCGUGCCUGCUGUUGAAAGAUAGGGACUAGGAAACCGGAGUGGACUCUGCUCUGUCUCGGAUUGCCCUGGGAUCCAUCCUCGUUCUGGAAUAAGAUAUAUUAUUAUGACCUUUAUUUUUAAUGGAAGAUGAUUGAAUGUGAAAACCUAAACCAAGAAGAAAUAAUUAAGGAACUGUGUUUAUGCAAUGGUUUGUCUUAUGAGAUGGUUGGACAAGAAGGAUCAGAUACUUCAGAACUGGAGAUGUUUUUCUCAGGGUAUCCCCGUAUAGUUGGAUUAUCAUUAUUUCCUAAUCUAAUGAGUCUCACAAUUGUUGCUCAAGAUAUAAAAGAAAUAUCAGGGCUAGAAACUUGUUUACAGCUUAAAGAACUCUGGAUUGCCGAAUGCUGCAUAGAGAAAAUUGGAGGUCUUCAAGAAUGUAGAAAUUUAGAAAAAUUGUAUUUAUAUUUUAAUAAAAUUUCCAAGAUAGAAAAUUUAGAGAAAUUAUUGAGAUUGGAGGUUCUUUGGCUGAACCACAAUACAAUUAAAAAUAUUGAGGGCUUGCAAACUUUGAAGAAUUUAAAUGACCUCAACCUUGCUGGGAAUCUAAUAAGCAACAUUGGUCGAUGUCUUGAUCCCAAUGAACAACUGGAAAGAUUAAACCUUUCUGGUAACCAAAUAUGUUCUUUCAAGGACCUCACUAACUUAACCAGGCUGCAUCGCUUAAAGGAUUUAUGUCUGAAUGAUCCUCAAUAUAAAACCAAUCCAGUUUGUCUGCUGUGUAAUUAUUCCACACACGUAUUGUAUCACUUGCCUAGCCUUCAAAGACUUGACACGUUUGAUGUGUCAGCAAAACAGAUCAAGGACCUGGCAGAUACCACAGUAAUGAAAAAAAUAAUGUAUUACAAUAUGCGUAUAAAAACUGUUCAGAGGCAUCUUAACGAAGACCUUGAAAAAUUGAAUGAACGAAAAUGCAAGUUACAGAAAUUGCCAGAGGAAAGAAUAAAAUUAUUUAGCUUUGUGAAAAAAAAUCUGGAACGGGAACUUGCCGAAAACAAGGCAUCUGGCAAAGGGCACAGUGAUAGAUCCAAUAACAAUAAAAUAGCUGAACUUGAAAACUCAAAGAAGUGCGAAACUGCCACAGAAGAGCCAAAUCUUCAACAGAAGAUACUGACCAAACUAAAUGCCUUGAAUGAAAGGGUAACAUUCUGGAACAAAAAACUAGAUGAGAUUGAAGCUGUUUAUCGUGUUGAAGUGAAACAAAAGAAGAAAAGCCAUGGCUUAUUGAUCCCAUUGUUGUUAACUGAGUUGGAAACUGUGGGAAAUAUCCACUUUGAAGAAGGCACUCGAUCUGAUGACUGGUUUAACUCCUGCUAUGAACUAAUUCUUUCACGUUUUUGUACCUGGGACUUCAGGCCAUAUGGUAUUACUGGAUUGAAAGUAAAACGUAUUAUCAAAGUUAACAACCGUAUUCUGAGACUAAAAUUUGAAGAGAAAUUCCAGAAGUUUCUUCACAAUGACGAUAUGCAUGAUUCAGAGAGCUAUCGAAAGAUGCUGGAAUGCCUUUUUUAUGUUUUUGAUCCUGAAGUUACAGUGAAGAAAAAGCAUCUGCUACAAAUACUUGAAAAAGGAUUCAAAGACAGUGAAACAAGCAAGUCGCCUCUCAGAAAAGAAGCUGUUAUUCUUGCUAACAGCCUAACUAUGUGUGAGUGUCCCAGAAUUGAAUUUCUACAGCAAAUGUUCAAAGAUGAGAACUCUCCCGAGCAUGAGCUCUUCAGGCAUGGCAUCCUGCUCAUUACAAAGGUUUUCCUUGGCCAGAGUGUUCAGGCUCAUGAACAGGACUCCAUCAAUCAAGCUAACUAUCCAAUGGUUAAUUCAGUGUUCAUUCCUCGAAAGUAUUUACUAAAUUCUGUCAUGGGACAGAGGAACUGUGAUUGCAGCAUUCGGCAGUACAAGUGGUUUGUCUUUGAUCAUGAUCUUGUUUUGCCAGAAUAUGUCGUUGAAUUUGAGUAUAUUACAAUGGUCAAGGCUCACUCUUUAUUUUCUUCAUUCAACAAUGUUAUUCUAGAAGAAAGCAAAAAAAUUUCAGAAGGAUUAUUACUGUCCCAGGAUUUGAAAUUUGAUGAUGAAGUUAUUAAAAUGGAUCCCAGGAUCAAGCCCAGACCAAAACUUAUUAGUUUGGAUGAUAAAAUGAUACUUUCUCUUGCCAACACUAACAUUUACAGUCAUAUUGUGAGUCUGAAUCUACAUGGAAACAGCUUGAGUAAAUUGAGAGAUCUCUCCAAGUUAACAGAACUUCGAAAACUUACUAUCAGCUUUAAUGAAUUUACCUGUUUAGAUGAUGUAUAUCACUUGUGUAACCUUGAAUAUUUGGAUGCAAGCCAUAACCAUGUGAUAACCCUGGAGGGAUUUAGAGGUCUGAUGAAACUCAAGCACUUAGACUUGAGUUGGAAUCAAUUGAAAAAGUCUGGUGAUGAAAUAAAUAUAUUAUGCAAACACACCACAAGCCUUCUUACUCUCGAUAUUAGACAUAAUCCGUGGCAAAAGCCAGCCACAUUAAGGCUGAGUGUAAUUGGCAGAUUAAAGACUCUCACCCAUUUAGAUGGACUCCUCAUUUCUGAAGAAGAAGCAAUAGCAGCAAUGAAAUUUAUUACUGGAACAAAGAUUACGCAGUUAUCACUCUUAGGGCAUUCUAGUACGAAAGAGGAGAGACCACGAAUACUUAGUAUAUGGUCUUCUGCCAAAAUUCUGACACAGAUUCCAAAGGUGGAGCCACAUUUACAUCUAAAUGGAAGCUGGUACUUGAAGAUAACUGCUUUAAAUUUAGAUGGGCAACAUCUUUUUGAAAUCACAAAUUUAGAAAAAUUGGAAAAUUUGAAAUGGGCAUCAUUCAGCAACAAUAAUAUCACUAAAAUGGAAGGCUUGGAAUCCUGUGUUAACUUGGAAGAACUCACAUUAGAUGGAAAUUGUAUCUCAAAGAUAGAAGGCAUUUCCAAGCUGACUAAAUUAACCCGCCUCAGCAUAAAUAAUAACCUUCUCAAUGGUCUGGAAAAACAUAUUUUUGAUAACAUGCUUCAUCUCCACUCCCUUUCUCUUGAGAACAACAGAAUUACUUCAUUGAGUGGUUUACAAAAAGCUUUUACUCUGAUUGAAUUAUACAUAAGCAAUAACUAUAUUGCUCUCAAUCAGGAGAUCUAUAAUUUAAAGGGUUUAUGCAACCUGGUCAUUCUCAACAUGUAUGGAAACAUUAUUGUAUGGAAUCAAGAAAACUACCGGUUGUUUGUAAUAUUUCAUCUUCCAGAACUGAAAGCUUUGGAUGGAAUCUCCAUUGAACCACCAGAGACUGAGUGUGCAAAAGACUUGUUUGGUGGCAGACUUACUUCUGACAUGAUUGCAGAAAGACAAGGACAUUCAAACUUCACCCAAAUGCAAGAACUCAAUUGGACUUCAUCAUCCAUCAGAACUGUGGAUUUGAUUCCAGUUGACCAAUUUAGAAAUGUGUGUAAUGUGAAUCUACAAAACAAUAAUCUUACCUCAUUCAGUGGAUUGAUCUAUCUGCCUAAUGUGAAGGUCUUAUGCCUCAACUAUAAUCAUAUUGAAUCAAUCAUGCCCAGACUAAAACCUCAGACUCACUUGACCAACAGACAGAUACUCUACCAGAAAGUGCCUUCCAGUGGCUAUGGACAACAAGGCACUUCAAAAAUAAACAGAGAUACAACAAACAGUGAAAAUUUGCCUCCAAUAAUGCAUAGUUUAGAAGUUCUUCAUUUGGGCUAUAAUGGAAUUUGUAAUUUAAUUCAGCUACAGCUUAAUAGACUAAGAAAUUUAAAAUUCCUCUUUCUACAAGGGAAUGAAAUCAGUCAAAUUGAAGGGCUUGACAAUUUAGUAGACCUUCAGGAAUUGGUAGUGGACCAUAACCGCAUCAGAGCAUUUAAUGACAGUGCCUUUGCCAAACCAAGCUCACUGCUGGCACUUCAUCUGGAAGAAAAUAGACUACGAGAGCUGAGCAAAUUACAAUCUUUGGCAAAACUUGAGAAACUCUUCCUAGGAUAUAAUAAAAUCCAGGAUAUGGCAGAACUGGAAAAACUUGAUGGUAUCUCUUCUCUCAGAGAGCUUACAGUUUAUGGCAAUCCAAUCUGUAGAAAAACACUACAUCGCCACAUGCUCAUAUUUCGGCUGCCUAACUUACAGAUGUUAGAUGGAAUUCCUGUGAAUUCAGAUGAUAGGGCAAAAGCUGAAUUUCACUUCUCUGAACUCCAAGCAAAGAAAACUUCGCUCAUUCCUGUUACCAACUCUCCAGUGGAUGGAGGGUCAUUUGGCCAAGUGAAAGCUCCUCCCAUAAAGAUAACAAAUGUAAUUCUGCCUAGUGGAUUUAGCCAUUACUUGGGAUCUGAACUUGGGAUCUUAACUCCUGAAGCUGAAGACAAAAAAAACAAGAAUGCAGGGAUUCUGACAAAUAAUCCUCGCAGUAUCCAUGCAGAAAUAGCUUUUCGGCAACUCAGAGGGAUAAAUCUCUCUCCGUCUCUUUUAUCACAUCAGAAUAUGGCAUCUCCAACUGCACAGAUGUACCAGAGCAACCCAGAUGAGGGAAGAAUUCCUGGCAGCCACUUUCCAAGAUCAAAUCGAAUGUAACUGCCUAAAGAGAAAUGAAUAUACACCAAGAAACUUAUUUCUGUUUAGCAGUUGUACAAAAAUCAGCAGACAGUGCUGGUGAAAAAAUAUAUAUGAUAACCAUGUUACUUAUUUUA